AAAAAAAAAAUAAAUGGGUAAAUAGAGAGAAUAAAUAAUAUAAAUUACAACAAAAUGGUAUCUCUUAAUGUGUACAGUAGCCGUUUGUUCCACGCCAUAGCUUUGGUAUUGGCUGUAUGCUUCCACAUUGCACCGCAAGCUGAGAGUAUUGGCGAAGAUGCAGUUUUAGACUUUUUAGAACAAUUACGUGUACGAAUGUGCCAUCCGAUACCGCAGUUGGGCUUGCCUGCCUUGGACCCUUUUCAAAUCACGCAAGUCGAAGCGCAAAUGAACAAUAAAUAUAUUAUAGACUUCACUGGCUCUAUGACGAAUUUUAAGCUUACUGGUCUUUCCGAUUUUAUUUUAAAUGACUUCAGGAUUUCUAUGAUACGAAAAUCAAUAUUUAAUGUCACUCUACCACUAACUGCGCUCAACUCGAUUUAUACCGCUAAAGGAUCAUUAGCUUAUAUUGCCAAUUUGGCAGGCGAUGGUGAUGCUGAGGCGUACGUAAAGGACUUCAGCUUAGGAAUUUCCUUCAGCUUUAAAACUGGCAAAUAUCUUGGUAUAAGGAAUUUGAGCAUUAUGAUCAAAGUUGGAGAAGUUUAUAUCGAUUUUGAAAAUCUACUCGAAGAAGAGCGCAUAAAUGAUUUCUUCCACUCGUUGAUCAAUGAACUGGGCUUAGAGCUUUUGGGAGAUCUUUGGACAGACGAACAAGGCCUUGUGGAGCAAAAUGUACAAGAGCGAGUCAACGUUUUUAUUGGUCAAUAUACUUUAAGCGAUAUUAUGAAAAUAAUUGGUAGUGAGGGAGGAGAAUCAAUAUUUAUUAAUGGACCACCAGGCGACUGCAAAGAUCUCACAACCUCAAAUAAGACUUUUGGUGCAACGGCAAAUACCUACAAAAACAACACUACACUGAAACAAUAAAAAAAAAAUAAAGUCCGUAUAACUAAUUAUUUUGUAUUGCAUAGAAAAAGUUAUAUGUAUUUGCUCUAUCUGUACAACGAUAUACUCGUACAUUUAAUUGGUAUACUAAAUAAGUUAUACAUGAAAUUAUGCACAUUUGUUGUUGUUGUUGUAACAGUUUACUUCACAUUUGUCAAGGAGUGGUGGUUUAUUUUAAUUAACAACUGUAUAUACUUGGUACAUCGCUUCGUCCAGACCUUGAAAUUACUGCUUUGCUUUCUUUUUACAUUUGUGAAAUACUCGUAAUAAUUAAACUUUUUUACAUUAAUAUUUUUAUAGGUAGUUUCAUUUUUAGCUACAUGUAUAGUGUAUUCCUCGUAUUAUUAUUAAUAUGUAUACAU